GCCUCCCACAGAGGAGUGUUCUUUUGGAUCAAGAGGGCAGUCUGGGUUGCAGAGUGCACAGAAUGGAGGCGCAGCUGCUGACCCCAUGCUGGCGCAGGGUUCACGCCAGGGGUGUCUUGAGGGCCUGGGGGGCACCGUGACCACUCCAGGACUGAGGACACCCCUGGAACCUGUCCCGAAGGUGAGGGCUGGUGGUCACCCUUGCUGAGUGGACUCAGUGAGCCGGGCUCUGCCGUGGACCCUGUAGUGACCGUGGACAGAACCAGCCCAGAGAGCUGCUGUGCACGUUUCUUGGAAUGAAGAACUGAAGCGGCCUCCUCAUACAGGCUGACUUCCAAGAUUACGCCUUCUUCUGUUCCUUUUCCAACUCUAUGACCUUCCGAGGCUCUGCCGCUCGGCUCAGGAAUGGCAGCGAUGCAGCCGGCACCCCCACUCCAGGCCCCACACCUCGCGUCACCGGGUGGGCCGUGCCUCUCCCAGCCCCAGCAAACCCCUGCUCAUCCAGAGAAAGCCGCCCAGCCGCACCCUCAGCCCCAGAGUGAGUCCUGUCCACCCAAGGAGCCAGCUGCACCGCCCUCACAGCAGGUGCCGCGCCUUCGCGCCGUGGUGGAGAGCCAGGCCUUCAAGAACAUCCUGGUGGACGAAAUGGACAUGAUGGUCUCGAGGGCGGCCACCGUCAUCCAAGCCAACUGGAAGGGUUACCGGCUGCGGCAGAAGCUUAUCUCGCAGAUGACGGCGGCCAAGGCCAUCCAGGAGGCCUGGCGCCGCUUCAGCACGCGCCGGCUGAUGCGCUCCAACAAGCUGACCUUAAAGAAAGCAAGGAGGGAAGAGGAGGGCGACAUCCCCUACCACCCUCCGCAGCAGGUACGCUUUCACGCCCCAGAGGACCAGCCGCCAGUCAUGGUGAGCAAGGAAACUCAGUUCCCAUCCAACGACAGCCUGGUCCCUUCACACACCGCGGCAGCCCCGGGUCCCUGCAGCAGCAGAGUCCACAGGGGUGGCCUCCUGCCACAGCAGCCUGUGACCGGCAGACCCACGGGUCCCAAGUAUCCACCCUGCAUGUUGACCAAGACCGUCAGGAGCUCCUGUCUCAUCAGACACUUGGAAGGGGACAGUGUGAAGAGCAGGCAUGUGACUUCCAAGACCAUCAGAUUGGGGACCCCAGAGUCGGCAGCAGCGGGGAGAUGUGUCCAGGCCGUUCAUGGAUCCAUGAAGACCCAGACCCAUGUCCACACUGAAGCAAGUGUCCCUAAGGCCCCACCACACACGUAUCCAGUCAACAAGACCCCUACGGGUCCAGUGGCUUCCGCCCCUAAGCCCCCAGCCACAGUGGCCACAGCACCAAAGAGUGUGAUGCAGACCUGCCCCACAUCCCCAGCAACGGUCAUGAAGAUGCAGAUGUGCCCCACAUCCCCAGCAAUGGCCAUGAAGAACCAGCCAGUAACCUGCCCGACUUCCCAGGUGACCAGGCCCCUGGCUCACGUACGACCCAAUCCUUCAUUCUCUAGCACCGCACCACAUAUGCGGCCUGUGGUCCCCGCGGCCAGGGUACAGCCCCCAGGGUGUGCUGUGACCUCCACAAUCAAGGCCUCACCACGCCCCAGGGUUCCCAUCAGUAAGUACCCACUACAGACUGGCCCUGGUCCCAUGAUGGCAAAGAUUUCACCCCAGAUGCGUCCAGUGGCCAGAAGUCAGCCUCAGACAUGCGCAGCAUCUACUUCGUCCAAAACCUCCACUCAGGCGAGCUCCACAGUCAGGUCCUCCCCUCAGACUCGCCUGGCCGCGAUGAUAACCAAGACUCCAGCUCAGAUACGUUCUGUGGCUGCUGUGCUCAGGACCCUGUGUCUGGUCCCCACAGUGGCAGCCUCAGGUCCCAGGGGUUCACCCCAAACUCCAGUGGUUGCUGGCAUUCCCAACACCCCAUCCCAGGUCCACCUGAACAGCCCAAACGCCAAGGUCGCCGUGAGCACCAAGCAGACCACCACGGUCGUCAAGGUGGCCUCUCAGUCAUACUUGGGUGAGGAGAAGGGCAAGUGUGGACCCCACGGACAUCUAGACAGUGUGGCUCCUAAACUUCCAGCCAAGUCUCCAUUGGAAGCAGAAAAGUUGAAGCCUGGGCCCCCGAGGGCGCCCAAGAAGGAAGCAGCUCCCAAGACCAUUAUCACCAGGGCUCUGUCGUGGACAAAAGUGACAGAAGACAGGAGCAAGCCCCUGAUUCAGAUCCAGCAGAAGGCGGAGGUGGUGAAGGUCUGCUCCAAGGUGUACAUGCCUGAAGAGAUGACUGUGACCCUGUCCCAGGCCCAGCUGGCUGUGCCCCUGACCAAGGCCGCCUCUCAAGUGCAGCCACCCGCUAGCCAUCCCCGAGUCCCGCCACCGUCACCUGUCUCUAAGGCUGUGUCACAGUCUCACCCGACAUCUGGGCUGGCCACGGGCCUACCUGAGGGACGACGGCCACCUAUCGGUCCCUCUGCCACCCUGUCCUCCUCGCCACUGGCCGCACACCUGAUGGCACUCACAGCCCAGCUCCAGCCUGCUAGCGAACAGACCAGAUCUGUGCCAAGAGCUCAUCCGGCUGCGUCAUGUUCAGCCACAGCCUCCCCGAAAGCACGCGCCCCGGGGAUGACCUUUGUCCCUCCCGAAGGAUACCCAAACACAUGUCCACUCACCCCCGCUUCCCAGCACCACGUGGCCUCUCACCCGACCAAAAGCUCACCGCAGCUGCGUCUACCUGCUGAGCAUUCAAAGACCACGAGCACCAAACCCACCAAGGCCACGUGCCAGGUCUGCCCACCCACUAAACUCAGCAAGGCCCCAUCCCUGGCCCAUCUCAUCACAUGCCUGGCCAAGGUCCCAUCCCAGGCCCAUCUGCCCAUGGGGCUGGCGAAGACCCAGCCUCAGGCCCAGCUGGCCCCCGACACGGCCAAGUGCCUCCUGGCCGCCCACCCUGCCGCCGACCUCAGCAGCAAGACCCUGUCGCAGCCACUCCUUGGCACGACCAAGACACCUGUCCAGUUCUGGCAACAUUUUGGGACACUUAACACCGGGUCCCGUGCCAAGCCAGACGACAGGAACGCGGCCCAGCCCCAGCUCCAUAGCCAUGCACAAAACAAGGCCACGCAGAACCCACGCUCAGUGGCCACAGAUAUCCAAGGCAUGCUGGUGCCUCUGCUGACUCCCACUGGACACCCUGUAUGCAAUGCAGAAUCCUGGGGUGACAGUGGACAGGCACAGAGCUCACCGCCACCCCCUGUGCCCAGCCAGGCAGUGCCCUGCCAUGAAGACCUGGCAGCGUCCAUUGCAUCCCUGUGCGCAGACCUGGUGGCCAUGCUGGGCUCCCCUGAGGACCUGCGGACACUCCUGGCCAAGACACUUUCUCAGGGGGAAGUAAGGACGGCACUGAGCCAGGCUCUGUCCCGGGAAGUACUAGGGCCCUCUGUGGUCAAGGCCCUGCCUCAAGGCAUGCUGGGAAUGGCACUGAUGAAGGCGUUGUCUUGGGGUGAACUGGGCAUCACCCUGUCCCGGGCCCUGUCCCGUGGUGAGCUGCGUCCGGAACUCAGCAAAGCCACGCAGGGCAAGCUGGCUGAGGUCCUGUGCAAGGCCCUGACAGAAGACGAGAGGACCACGCUCAGCCAGGCUCUGUGCCAGGGUGAGCUGGGCGCUGUUUUCACUCAGUCCUUGGCCCAGAUGGCCCAGAGAACAGGUGCCUUCCUCCCCAAGGCCACCUCGAAAAUGGUGGGGAGCCGGAUGACCACGGCACCUGCCCCAGUGGAGGUGACUUGCAGCGGGAGCCUGUCGGUGGCGUGGGGACCGGCGCUGGGUCCCGUACGAGCACGGUGUAGCAAGGUCAGGCUACCAUGGGAGGGCUUGCCCUGGGGACAGCCCCAUGGGAUCCUGUGGGGCAAAGGGGACGGGGCCACCUUGGAGGGGUCACCCUGCUCGCCAGAGUCCUCCGUGGGCUCCUUCUCUGGAGGGGUCGUUACCAGCGCUUACCAGUGUCCCCUGCUCAUAGUACCCACACUGUCCUGGGAGAGGGGUUCGGGACUCUGUUCUGGGCUGUACCCGAAGCCACUGGAUUUUGACCCCAUGGCAUGUGGUGAGGGUCCCCAUGUCCCCAAGCGAUCUUCCCAACAGCCUCCUCCUUGUCCGUGGCAGCCCCUAGUUGCCAACGGCGCGGGCCCAAGCAGUAACCAGCCAUCGGUGACCGGCAGCACAGCCCCGAGUUCCCGCCAGCAACCCCUGGCCAGCAGGGUGCCCCACCCAUGGGCGUCAUACCGAGAGGGCAACCUGGAGGCCAGCAAGCCCUCGAGUGGCGUGGGCAGUGGGAGGUACCCGAUGUCCCAGCAACCCACCGCCUGCCAGGGCGGCGUGUGCCAGUGUCCGAGCCCGGGGGCACACAAGGUGUCUCCCUGUGGCCAUUGCUCUGCCAUAGUCAAGGGUCGAAGUCCAUCACCGAAGCAGAAGGUUAGGCGGGUCCUGUCGCUGGGUCACAGACUGUCCGACAAGGAAAUAGUCACCGUAGUGAGGAAUGUAGUAGAUGACCACCACAGUGGCCAGGCAUCAUCGGUGUACCUACAUCCCAAGGUGCAGAAGGGCUCCAGCACCUCCACCCCCAAACAGGAGAGGCAUCCCCAAGUGUCCUUGACCCCCUCCCGUCCCCAGGGGCAGGCCGCGGGCCGCCACAUGUCCCUUCUGGAUGAGUUACUAGCUGCAUUCCCGCAACACCCUAAGAUCGUGUUAGCCAAGAGCUACCCCCGGGGCUCAGUUGUCCACAGCCAGGACGGGGGCUCUCACAGCUCUCUGCAGAGCGGCACCUCGGCCAGCGCCUCCACACCAUCCAGCCUGACGCCUUCAGAACUUCUGGAUGGUUGUUCCAGCCUGACGCCUUCAGAACUUCUGGAUGGUUCCCGGGAAGGUGACGUGCGGGACUCCCAGCCAGUGUUGAGAAGGUCCAGGGAGGUGAGGCACAGGCCCCAGGGGCCACUGGAAAGAACAGGGUUAGCUGGUUCUCAGCACACGGCCCCCCAGUCUCAAAGGCCACCCCUGGAUCUUGGGCCCCUCCUCAUCCACAGCACCAGCAUGGCCCUGGAUGUCCACUGGGACUCAGAGAGUGGGUCUGACUACAGUACUGGAGACCCCACAGAGGGGCUGUCCCAGGACACCACUGCACCCUGGCAUGGGAGGAGCCAUCAGAUCCAUGCUCGAGACCUGCAGCUAAGGGGGGCCACUCAGCUGGGUCCUACCCCACCCCAGGACAUACUGCCUGAUGGGAAAGCCCCAGGCCCUGGCCAGGCACCUAAAGCCAGUGAGGUAUCGCCAUGCCUAAGUCAGCCAUUAGAGGCCACAGGGCUGUGUCCAAUCCCAUCUCAGCCUGCAGGAUCCAGUACUGUGUCCCCAAGCCUGACCCAGCCAUCCAUGGACACUGGGGUGGCCCCAAGCCUGGCCCAUCCAUCUGUGGCCACUAGGGUGUUCCCAAAUUUAGCCCAGCCAUCUCUGGAUACUGGGGUAUCCCCAAAACUGAUGGAACCAUUGAUGUAUUAUGGGUUACCUACAACUUUUAGUCAGCCAUUUCUGUACUACAGAGGGUCCCCAAUCUAUACCCAGCCACACAUGGCCUCCGGGGUCCCCUCAAACUUAACCCAGACCUCUGGUGCUAAUGUGGUGGCCUUCAGCAAGCAGCCGGUGAGCCCUGGGUUAGCCUCAAGCCAACCCCAGCUGUGUGCCAUGACCCACGUGUCCCCAAGGGCCACUCAGCCACCUGUGAUCAGCUGGCCACCAGCCGGCUCCUCUCCUAUGCUCCAACACGGUACAGGGCGUCCAGACUCAGUUCAGACAUCUGUAGCCACUGGGGUGUCCCCAAACUUUUUCCAGCCAUUUGUGCCCUGCAGCCUGCCGUCAAAUCUCACCCAGCCUUGUGUGGCCACGAUUGUAACCUCAAACUUGGUGCAGCCGCCCAUGUCCUUCAGCAUUUCGCCAAGCCUAGCCCAGCCUGUUGUGGUCAGUGUCAUGUCCCCAACUCUGGCCCAUGCAUCUGUGGCCAACAGGGCACCCCCAAGCCUCGGUCAGCCAACCCCAGCCAAUGCUGUGGUCCCUGGAGUGUUCCAGGUGCCCCUGACCAACAGGGUGUCCCCCAGCCUGAGACCCCCACUUCUGGCUCCCAGGGUCUGCUCUGAUCUUGCCCAGGCAUCUGUGGCCAGCUUGGGCCCCCUCGGCCUGUUGCCACCCACGGUGGUGUGUGGUGUGGGUCGAGGGAGCAGCCGGCCAGCCGUUGACCCACAGCAGCAGCCACGCGCGGACAGCAGCACAGCUCAGAGCCGGCCCUCCAUGCUCAACCUAGCUGGGUCCUGUCCAUGUGCUAUGACUAGGCCAGGCCAGCCGUCCCUAGGAGUCUGUGGCAGCCCAGGGGACAGACUCAUGACAGGUACCAGGAGCCAGCCCAGCCCUCAGGAUCCCACGGUCUACUCCGAGCUGACACAGGUCAACAAGGGGCCCCCAGGUCCCGUAGCUCAGUCCAUGGCACCUGCAGAAGAUGGUGGCCUGAUCUUGGGGGCCAAUGUCCCAUGUCAGACGUGGUUCAGGGGCAUAGCCCCAGGGGUGUGCCCGGGGCCCGUGGCUACUAGACUGUUUCUAAGUGUGUGCCAGGGGGACAGUCCACCCCCCAUGGCUGCCUGGGCCUUGCCAGUGGAUGCCCCCUGGACUCACGAACAGGCUGCUGUGACUACAGGUGUGGCCCAGGGCCCAUGCCCAGCUGUGAUGCCCAACAUGGAGGUCCCGUCUGAGCUCUUCCCAAACCAGCUGGGUACCAGCUUCCCUCAGACCUGUGCCUCUCUUCCUGUCACGUUAGACCCCCAGCUCCUCUCUAUGGCCACUAUGGUCCCACCCAGCUGCCGAUAUGCGGGUAUGGUCAUUCCAGACACAGCAUUGGGUGCUGUAGGUGGGGGUUUGGCCCAGGAUUCUAUGAACAGAGAAGUGCCCACGGCAGGGGUCCCCAAGCCUGGGGCUGAAAUCGAGAAUCUCAACCUUUUUCAAGGCUCUGUGAUCAGGGGCGUAGGAAAGAGUGUCCCCCCAGAGUCCAUGGUGGAUGGCGUGGUCCAGAGUGUCCGCCCAGAGUCCAUGGUGGAUGGCGUGGUCCAGAGUGUCCCCCCAGAGUCCAUGGUGGAUGGCAUGGUCAAGAGUGUCCACCCAGAGCCCAUGGUGGAUGGCGUGGUCCAGAGUGUCCCCCCAGAGUCCAUGGUGGAUGGCGUGGUCCAGAGUGUCCCCCCAGAGCCCAUGGUGGAUGGCAAGGCCCAGAGUGUCCCCCCAGAGUCCAUAGUAGAUGUCGUGGCCCAGAGUGUCCCCCCAGAGUCCAUUGUAGAUGUUGUGGCCCCGAGUGUCCCCCCAGAGUCCAUUGUGGAUGGCAAGGCCAAGAGUUUUCCCCCAGAGUUCAUAGUGGAUGGUGUGACCCAGAGUGUCCCCCCAGAGUCUAUGGUGGAUGGCAAGGCCCAGAGUUUCCCCCCAGAGUUCAUAGUGGAUGGUGUGGCCCAGAGUGUCCCCCCAGAGUUCAUAGUGGAUGGUGUGGCCCAGAGUUUCCCCCCAGAGUCCAUGGUGGAUGGUGUGUCCAAGAGUGUCCCCCCAGAGUCCAUGGUAGGUGUCAAGGCCCAGAACCUACCUCCAGAAUCAGUGGUUAGUGGUGAGGUUCAGAGCUCCCACCAAGAUUCUGUGGCCAGUGACAUGGCCCUCAGGCUCCCUCCAUGUUCUGUGGCCGGCGGUGUGGCCCCCUGUCUCCCUCGAGAGAUGGAUGGUAGGAGGGAGAAGCUGGGUCCAGCUGUGGAAUCCUUGCCGAGCUCCCAUUCCCGGGGCCCACGCCUGGGUUUUGUGGCCAGCGGGACGGUUCCUGGCAUGCCUCUGGGUGCUAUGGCAAGUGGCGUGGCUCCAGGGUCCUUGCUGGUAGGAAUCAGUCCACGUCCCUAUCACGCAGCACAGUCUGGGGAGCACUCCCGGGUCUCCUUCCUGGCACCCCAUGUCACCAGCCUGGCCAGUGCCCACUCACCAGCCCCAGCAGUCCAGAGAGUGUCCCAGGACCAGCAAGGUUUGCCCACAGUUUUGUCAGGAACCUCACAGUUUAGUUCAGACCCUGGGCUGACAAAGCUUGUCGGUGUUGAUAACCCGACCUUGCUGAAGCCGAGACAAAUCCACAGCACAGUGUCCUCCUCAACAAGGGAGCCUGGUAUAGACCCUGUCAGAUCUGAAGGUCUCGAAAUCACCUCGUGGACGGGCCUCGGUGCCACGGGAGGUGAGUGCCAUGAACGUGAGACCCUGGCAGCUGAGAAUAUUCUCAAAGACCAAGUGGCCUUGGUGGCAGAGGCAGCUUCCGGGCGAGGCAGAGGUGUCACCCUUGUCCCUGUACAGGCCCCAGUUCCGGGUGAGCACUCCACCGCCCACAGCACCAGCCCCGUUCAGCCCUUACCCCCAGAAAGCCCUGCUUCCGGGACCCCGAGCCUGCGGGAGGCCCCUGUGGCCGACCGUUCAAGCCAACCUCCAGUCUCUAAUGCCAUCAUGGGCCCACCACAGCCGAGUCCCAACACUGAGGGGACAGCCAGGCUGCCUCCAGGGUCAGAGGUCAGCACAGGAAACCCCAGCAUUCUCCAGAGCUCAGGGGGGACUGAUUCAGCACCUCUAACUAAAAAUAGGGCUCCCAGUUUCUCCCAGAUGGGAGAACCUCAGAACCACACCAAGAGUAACCACCGAGAACCCCUCACUGCUAAAAAUUCCUACCGCUCCAUUCAUGGCAGCCUUGUCUCGGAACUUCUAGAAGGUUCCAUGGACAGACUGCUCCCCUUCAGUAGUCCACUGAAGAAGAAAUCUCAGGGCUCAUCGGACGGUCACAUGUCCUCAGGUACACCCAUGGUGGGCACCACUCCCAUCAUCCACUUGGGAGAUGGGAGGGGUCAGAAAACAGCCUCAGGAGUUCAAGGGGUGUCUCUGGCCCGUCAGUCAUCACCAGAUGGCUCCCAGACACCCCUUCUUGGUGAGGCUGCCCACGACACCAGACACACUGGCCAGCCAAGAACAGUGCUGACCCUCACCACACACCCCGGCCAGAGGCCGCCUUGGGUCGCAGGGCCUGGAGUCAGCUAUGAUGGAGGUUUCCUGGUCCCCACCACAACCCAUGACCAAAAUGCUCAGUGUGUCACCAGCCCUGGCUAUGACGGGAGCUCCCAGAUCCCCACUGCACCUCCCAGCCACCAACAUCCGCAUGUCACAGCUCCCAAAACGAGUUUCGAUGAGGGUCCCCAGAGGGUCCCCACUGUGCUUUAUGGCCACAGGCUUCAAUAUAUCACAGUGCCUAAACCAAGCCUUGAUGGGAGUUCCCAGGUGCCCACCACACCCCACCAUGUUACACACCCUGAAACUGGCCAUAAUGAGAUAUCCCCACCCCCCACUGUACCCCAGGGCCCUGUGGAUGCCGGCCCGGCUGCCGGCCAGUCAUGGAAUUCCAAAGUACCCAACGUAUCGGUCAGAGCCACAGCACAUGCUGGGGCACCCCGAGGCACAUGGCAUCCCAGCAGGGGCCACAGGCCCUGGGAGCCCUCGGGGGCGGAGGCAGCGCUGGACCACAAGCCCUCGGCUGAGCUGCUGGUGUCAGUGCGUGCCAUGGAGAAAGUUGUCGUCCAGGCCGUCAUCACCAUCCAGGCGUGUGCACGUGGUUAUCUGGUGCGUCGCACUGUGAAGGUGUGGCAUCAGUGGGCCACCAUCAUCCAAGCGACAUGGCGUGGCUACCGUGUGCGCCGGAACCUGGCCAGGCUGCUCAGGGCCACCACCAUCAUCCAGGCUGCCUGGCGUGGCUACUGCACUCGCCGGGCCCGGGCCCACCAGGUGUUGCUCCCCACCAUGUGGCCGGGGCACAGUGGCAGAGCCCAGGGGAGCUCUGACACCAGGACCAGCUCGGAGCACCGCUGCUUCCUGUCCUGUCAGCCCGAUGUCUGCAGCCUCUGCCAGGCCCUGGGUCCCCGGGCAGAGAGUCCGCCCAGUGUCGUGAUGCUCGUGGGGUCCCAGCCACGCACCUGCCACGUGUGUGGCCACACACUGUCUACUCGCGUGGUGCAAGGCUUUGGCCAGGGCGUCUCAGUCCAGUCCGGCUCUCGUUGGGCCGCACCGGUGCCCCGGCAGCAUCCCCUGCUCGGCCAGCAGCACAGAGCAGCCACCCUCAUCCAGGCAGCCUGGAAGGGCUACAGGACCCGCCGCCAGAUCAGCCAGCAGCAGUCCGCAGCCAAGAUGGUCCAGGCCACGUGGAGGGGACACUAUACCCGCAGCUGCCUCACCACCGAUGCGCUCUUGGGAACAGGAAGCCCGUGGGCCAACUCCAGGGACACUUCACGCCGUACCUCGAGGGCUCACUCUUUGCACUGGCCUGGUGUCUAGGCCCCUGGCUGUGGGCAGAGACACCAUGGUGGCCGUGUGGCCCCAUGGGUCUCAUGAAUAAAGAGCACUACAGCCCGCCUCUG